AUGGCUGCGCAAGAUCUCGACCAAGCUUCUGGUGCGCAAUGUGUUCUUGUCACCGGCGGAUCAGGAUUUAUUGCGUCGCACCUUAUCUUGCGACUCCUCCAUGCUGGAUACAAAGUACGCACUACAAUUCGAACCCCAUCGCGAGAAAAAGAGCUACGAAAUACUUUUCAAAAUGCCGGCGUUGACACCGAGAGCCACCUAUCCUUUGUUGUGGCUGAUUUAACGAAAGAUGAGGGUUGGGCCAACGCAAUGGAAGGGUGUACGUUUGUCCAACAUGUUGCCUCACCGUUCCCUGCAGCAACACCCAGAGACGAAAAUGAAUUAAUUCGUCCAGCACGAGAGGGAACUCUUCGUGUGCUCAAAUUCGCACGCGAUGCUGAGGUGAAGCGGGUGGUCCUAACAUCAUCCUUUGCGGCCAUCGGGUACGGACAUGAACAGAUGCCAGUGUUCACUGAGGAUCAUUGGUCUGUCGUCGAUGGCAAGAUUUCUGUACCUGCCUACCAUAAGAGCAAAACUCUCGCUGAAAAGGCCGCGUGGAAUUUUGUACAAAAAGAGGGUGGCAACCUGGAACUUGCUGUCAUUAAUCCUACCGGUGUUUUUGGGCCUGUUUUGAGCCGGGAUUUUUCAACGUCGAUCCAAAUCAUCGAGAGUAUGAUGAAGGGAGAUUUGCCUGCAUGCCCGAACAUCUCUUUUGGGGCAGUAGAUGUGCGCGAUCUUGCUGACUUGCACAUUCUUGCGAUGACAAACCCGGCCGCCAUAGGUCAGAGGUUCAUUGGAACAUGUGACAACGGACCAGUCUCAAUGAUUGAUAUUGCGAAUGUGCUACGAGAAGAAAAGCCUGAUUACGCAACACUAGUGCCCACCAAAGUGCUACCCAAUUUUCUAGUCCGCGCUGUUGCACUGUUUCGUUCAGAUCUCCGCGUUAUUCUCCCAGAGCUUGGAGUUACGAAGCUGAUCAACAACGAGAAAGUCAAGACUGUGCUUGGAUGGAAGCCCAGACCGAUUGAAGAGUGUGUUCUGGAUACAGCGGAUAGCUUAGUAGAACAUAGUAUUGUCUGA